AACAUGAAUCUUGAGGACUACUUUGAGAGGAUUGGCUACAAUGGUCCUUCUGACAAAGCAGAUCUGGAAACCCUAAAGAAUCUCCACAGGCAACAUGUCCUGUCAAUCCCAUUUGAAAACCUCAGCAUUCACUGUGGAGAGUGGAUCACCACGGACCUGGAGUCCAUCUACACCAAGAUUGUGAAGAAUAAUCGAGGGGGUUGGUGCAUGGAAAAUAACCAGCUCUUCUCUUGGGUACUGAAAGAGAUGGGCUACACCAAAACAACACUGGGGGCAAGAGUGUUCUUAAAUGAUGAAUUUCUGCCAUAUGACACUCAUCUCAUCAACAAGGUCCUAAUUGAUGGAAAAGCAUACAUUGCAGAUGUGAGCUAUGGGAUGUCUGGUCAAAUAUGGCACCCCAUUGAACUUCUCUCAGGGAAAGAUCAACCACAGCUCCCUGGUGUGUUCCGCCUUGUGGAGAAAAGUGGGGUGUGGGUCUUGGAGAAAACCAGACGAAAGCCCCUUAUUCCAAAUGAGAGCUUUGCCAAUUCAAGUCUUAUAAACAAAAGCUCAUCUCAGACAUUAUACUCCUUCACUCUAAAACCACGGGGGAUUGACCACUUCCAGGAGACCUCUAAAUUGCUUCAGACCUCACCAGAGUCUCUAUUCACAAACAAGUCCAUCUGCUCCCUGCAGACACCCUCUGGAUUCAAGGCACUCAUUGGUUGGACAUAUAGUGAAGUCACCUACAAUUACCAAGAUGGGGUUGAUCUGCUUGAUAUGAAGGAUAUAGCCAAUGAUGAAAUAGAUAAAGUAUUAAAGGAAGAAUUUGCCAUAUCAUUAAAGAGUAAACUUACUCCCAAAAACAAGAAAUACAACUACGGUCUUUAG